AUGGAAGAGAAUGCUCGCCGAGACCCGGACGAUUCCGCCGAGGAGUCCAACAGAGCUCUCAUAAUUCCACCUGGCAACCAGCAGUCCCACAGGAUCACCAACUUUUACAUCGACAACAUUUUACGGCCGGAUUUCGGUCGAAAGAGAAAAAGCGCGCUUCUGCAGGAAGCCUUCAGAACACGGCCGAAAAUUGGGGACACCGCAAGGGAUGAUUCUGGAUCGUCCGACCGUAACAUUGGGAGCCGGAAAAGAGAGCUGAGAGGCGGGGAGGAGGAAGAGAAGGUCCGGGAAGAGGACGAGAACCGCUGCGGAAGCCCUCAGGCCGGUUCGGCAUCGGAUGGGGCCAAACAGAUGCUGUGGCCGGCUUGGGUUUAUUGUACACGCUACUCGGACCGUCCGUCCUCAGGUCCCAGAUCCCGCAAACCAAAGAGGGCUCGGACCCCGACUAAAGAAGACAAGCGACCCCGGACCGCCUUCAGCGCGGAGCAGCUUCAGCGGCUAAAGACGGAGUUCCAGAACAACCGCUACCUGACCGAGCAACGGAGGCAAGACCUGGCCCGGGAACUGGGCCUGAAUGAAUCCCAGAUCAAAAUCUGGUUUCAGAACAAACGGGCCAAAAUCAAAAAGGCCACCGGGAAUAAAAACUCGCUGGCGCUUCACCUCAUGGCGCAAGGAUUGUACAACCACGCCUCGUCGAAAUCGGACGCCAAAUCGGACAGCGAUUAG